AUGUUCAAGUACUUCGCUGCGACUGCUGCCCUCAUUGCGACCGCUUCGGCCGCGUCCCUGCCCGACGGCUCGUGGCCCUCCAGCAAGGGCCUCGUGCAGUUCGACAAGGUGUACACGGUCAAGGCUGGCGAGGUGUUUGACGGCAAGAUGCAGACGUUCGAGCGCUCCAACGUCAAGUGCAACGGCCAGUCCGAGAGCAAGUGGGACACCGCUGUGUUCUUCGUGGAGGCCGGCGGUCACCUCAAGAACGUCAUCAUCGGCAAGAACCAAAUGGAGGGCGUCCACUGCGACCAGCAAGACUGCACCAUCGAGAACGUGUGGUGGGACGACGUGUGCGAGGACGCGCUCAGCAUCAAGGGCGGCUCGGCCUCGAGUGUGUCCAAGGUCAUUGGUGGCGGCGCUCGCUACGCCGACGACAAGGUCAUCCAGCACAACGGCCUGGGCAAGGUCAUCAUCGAUGGCUUCUACGGCGAGGAUGUCAGCAAGCUCUACCGUUCGUGCGGCACUUGCGGCCCCAAGGUGCGCGAGGUGUCCGUGUCGAACGUGCUCGUGGUGAACCCGACCAACGCCGUGGUGACGGUCAACAAGAACUGGGGCGACAAGGCCACGCUCAGCAACAUUUGGGUCAAGUCGAGCAAGGCCGCCGUCAAGGUGUGCCAGUGGUCGCAGGGCAACCCCAAGGGCGAGCCUAGCAUUAUCGGAAACGGUCCUUCCGGCACGCUGUGCCAGUACUCGACCAGCGACGUCCACAUCAACCAGGACAUGAAGCAGGCCAAGCAGGGCUCGCCCGAGCAGUCGUCCCCCAACCCGGACGACGAGUACACCGCCCAGAGCGAUAUCACGCCCGCCCCCAAGACGAAGAAGCCCAAGGCUUCGACCCCUACGGUGACGACCGCCCCUCUGAAGAAGACGAAGGCCCCGAAGACCACGACGCCCGUUACUACUGCCCCGUUGAAGAAAACCAAGGCUCCCAAGACGACCGCCCCUCUCAAGAAGACGAAGGCUCCCAGCCCGAAGCAGCAGGACGAAGACGAGGAGCAGCAGGACUUCGUGCAGCAGGACCAGGUUGACCAGGAUCUCCUCGGUUAA